AUCUCCUAUCAUUCAUCGUACACACAUACUCUCUCUCUCUAUGACAAAACUCCCCAACAUGACAACACUCAACCAUUUGUUUGAUCUGCCGGGGCAGAUUUGCCAUGUCCAGUGUGGUUUUUGCACCACUAUUUUGCUGGUAAGUGUACCGUUCACAAGCUUGUCAAUGGUAGUGACUGUGAGAUGUGGGCAUUGCACAAGCCUUCUCUCAGUCAAUUUGCUGAAGGCUUCCUUCAUUCCUCUCCAUCUCCUUGCUUCUCUGUCCCAUCUUGAUGAGACGGGGAAAGAGGAGGUUGCAGCUACGGAUACUGUGGAAGAAGAAGCAUGGAAGGUGAAUCAGGAGAAGGAGAACAGUCCAACGACUUUGGUUUCAUCUUCAGACAAUGAAGAUGAAGAUGUCUCUCGUGUUUACCAAGUUGUCAAUAAACCACCUGAGAAACGACAAAGAGCUCCUUCAGCUUAUAAUUGCUUCAUCAAGGAAGAGAUCAGGAGGUUAAAGGCUCAGAAUCCAAGCAUGGUUCACAAGGAAGCUUUCAGCUUAGCUGCCAAAAAUUGGGCCCAUUUUCCUCCAGUUCACAACAAGAAAGCUGCUUCAGAUCAAUGUUUUUGUGAGGAAGAUAACAAUGCAAUUCUACCAUGCAAUGCUUUUGAGGACCAUGAAGAAAGCAAUAAUGGGUUCCGAGAGAGAAAGGCUCAGAGGCAUUCCAUUUGGGGGAAAUCUCCAUUUGAGUAAUAACAAUUUGGGAUAUGGAAUUUUAACAAAAAAAUAAAUAAUGGCAUAUGACAUGUGAUGGUGACUCUUUUCUUCUAGGGUUUGAUUAUGUUGCUUUAGGGUUUCUGUUGUUGGAGAGAGAUAGAGGGAAGACGAAUCUAAGACGUACGUAGGAUUUGUGUGUUCGAGAAGAGUCUUGGGAAUGAGCGAGUUUGUUCAGUAGUUUAGUAGUACUUCUCAACUUUGAACUUAAUUUGAAGAGACAUUGACUCUAUACCAAAUCCUACUUUUGCAUUCAUGACUACUCUUAUUCCAUGAAUGUUUUAACAUUCCAUGAAACAGUACUUUAAGAAUCUUUGUUAAGCUAUCAUCAUAAAGAUCCUUCUUGACU